AUGGCGGGUGGUCACAUGAAAUAUCGCCAACUCUCGCGCACGAGCGCGCACCGACAAGCCUUGCUUCGGAACCUCGUCACCUCCCUGAUCAAAAACGAAGCCAUCCACACAACCUGGCCGAAGGCCAAAGAAGCCCAGCGCCUCGCCGAGAAGCUGAUCACGCACGCAAAAAAGAACGACGAGGUCGCGCGGCGCAAGGCACAGGCCAUUCUAUACGAAGAUCUUCAGACGCCGCACGAGCUGAUGCCAAAGCUGUUUGGCGAGAUCCGUGAGCGGUAUUUGAAUCGUCCCGGCGGGUAUACCCGCGUGCUGCGCACCGAGCCGAAGAAUCGGGCUGAUCAGGCCCCCUCGGCGAUUCUGGAGCUGGUCGACGGGCCGAAGGAUAUGCGGUUUUACAUGACCGCUGCGACGGUGGCUCGCGAUCGUCGGCUGGGUAAGCCGCACACUGAUUUGACGCUCAAGAAUAUCGAGAAGGUUACGCGGUACCGGCAGAACGGCAAGGAGGAAUUCGAGAAGCUGGUCGAGAAGAUUUAUCAGAUGAAUCUGUGCGACCCCAUUGCCGCGGCUACGGCUGCUGUUGCAUCUGAGUAA